AUGACAACCCCAGAGGCCCCUCAACCAGGAUCCAGCUCACAGGAUAAUAUGAAUGAAACCUUAGCUGGACUACAAGUCACCAUGACAUCGAUCCUAGCGUCCAUUAGUAAUAUCAGCCAGAGAAUGGACAGACUGGAAGCACCCGAACCAAUUAUCGUGGCACCAGACAUCAAUCUCACGCCAGGGGUUGAACACAUAGCAGCACAGGGUAAUGUGGCAGGGACACAAGUUGCGCAAAAUCCUACCACUCAUAUCAUCACUCCAGCACACUUGGUACCUCCUAACAUUAGGAAAGACAUUUUAGAAGGGAAAGAUGUCAACCUUAUUUCCCUUCUCAUAGCAUCCCAAGACGUGAUGGAGAAUAAGACCUUUAAUUAUGGGGAUCUGUCAGUGGUAAUGAAAGCAAGAGACCCCAGACUAAGUAAAAAAUUAACCAUACCGGAGUUUGUCCUAGCUUUCGGGAUAUAUAGAGAUGUUGUAUGCACCAGUUUUCCACAUCGUAGGGAAGAACUGGAUUUGCAUCUACACAAAUUGGUGGAUCUGGGACACAAGUACGGUGGCCAUACCUUUUUUGAGUACCACAAGUCUUUUUCGGCUAAAGCAGCAGCAGCUUUGGUACAGUUCAACAUAAGGACAGACUGGAGGCAUUUAGAUACGGAACUUUUUUGCCGUUAUUUUGCCGGGCUCGUUCCACCGUCUUGUGCAAUUUGUGCAUCCAGUUCCCAUUCCACCAAUUUGUGCCCAAACAAACCAAGUCUUCCUACUACCAGCUACGCAGCUCCAGUGGUUAUACACUAUCUGGACGACUUCCUAACAGUAGAAAAACAAGAUACGAUACCACACAGCAUCAAUAAGACGGUGGCCUUAUUCAAGACGUUAGGCGUACCCGUGGCCGAGAACAAGACUAUGGGCCCCACCACCAAGUUAACCUUCCUAGGUAUUGACUUAGAUUCAGCAGCCAUGCAAGUCAGCCUGCCAGCAGACAAGGUUCAGAGAAUCCGGGUAGAGAUUGGGUCAUUUCUCGAUAACGGUACAACGUCGAGGAAGGAUCUUCAGUCACUCCUGGGUUCUCUGAACUUCGCCAUGAGAAUAAUACCACAGGGACGAGCCUUCAUAUCACGUCUCCUCAGGUUGUUACCCGAUUUACCCAACGAUGACAGCAGGGUUACACUGGACAGUCAGGCUAGGGCAGAUCUGACUAUGUGGCACCAUUUCCUGUCAGACUGGAAUGGGAGGAACUUGUUCAUUCCACCACUAACAUUAGAGUCCCCACUGUUAUGGACAGAUGCCGCAGGUCAAACAGGGUUCGCAGCCAUCUUCGGGAAUAGAUGGUUGAGGGAUGCUUGGCCUAGCGAAGCAGUAGGCUUACCCGCAUUUACAAAAACUUCGGCACUUUUUGAAAUCUACCCCAUAGUGGCAGCAGCAAAAGUCUGGGGCCACUUAUGGGGUGGUAAAGCUGUCAAGUGCUACUCCGACAAUACGGCGGCUUGCGAGAUUCUGAACAAAGGCAGGUCUUCAUCACUAAUCAUCAUGAGCCUGGUCAGCGGAACACAAGCAAUCGAUGUUAUCGAGCAAGGAGCAGGGGCACACCCAGAUGGUCCCCAGAUUCCAGUUGCUUCUGAUAGUGAUUCAUGCUCCUCACCAGAUGAUAAGUUAGCCACUUUGGAGAAACAACUCGAAGAUGAGUACAAAGUUAAGAGCGAAGCAGAAAAGCUGAUAAAGGCGUAUUCUACCGGCCGCUCCAAAGAUCAGAAACAUCUCAGUGAUGCUCAGAAAAUACUCCAUGACAGCAAAAUCAAAAUAGAAAUUUUGCGCAUGUUGAUUCUCCAACAUAAAGCAACACCUGCAAUAAGUCCAUUGGAGAAACGCAUUGAGGAGUUGAGCCACCGAUUUGUGAUCGAGCGUGCCGUGGCUGAAGGAGCCAAACAUGCCAUCCAGAAAUUGGAUGGAAAGCCGCUUGUUGAGGCACAAUCAAUACUACAGGCGUCAAAUGAAAAGCUGUCCCUCCUUAAAUAUUCCUUGGAGGAACGAGUGAAAGAACUUCCUGAUGGCCACCACAGGAAGAGUAUAACCACCGAGGAACUGUCCUUUGGUUCAGUCAAAUCCAAGUCCAUAGCACUAACGGGUACUCUGAAAGUGCGAGUAAAGGGCUGUCACGGUAUUCUGGAGAAUGUACCUGGCAGACUAAAGAUCCCGUCAGAUGUUCUCCCUGGCAGGAGUCCGCGUCGAGGAAGAUUCUUUUUAAUGAACCGGAUCAGAAGAAACAACCGUGGCAGCAAUCCGAACAUCCAAGAGACUUUUGGCUUUUCUAAAUACAGGAGAUUAGACUCCUUUGAUGAAAGCAAACUCCUAGAGCUUUGUGUGAAGCUAAUAGAUGAACCUUUAUAUCUUCUGUGUGAAGUCCGUACUCAGCUGAAGAUCGAUCAGAUUCCAGUGGGUUCAACAAGUUGGAAAACUGUUUCUAACCCAUCCUGGAAUAAGACAUUUAAACUGGAUUUAGAUAAGUCUCGGGAGCUAGAAAUAUCCUUAUAUUGGCAUGAUCAGAGAUCACUCUGUGCCACAAAGACUCUGAAGUUGGAAGAAUUCCUGUUGAACCCGAAACAGGAACUGUGUCUACAACUGGAACCACAGGGCACCCUUUUCAUCAAGGUGACGUUUUCCAGUCCUUUCACCCAGAAAAGGCCAAAGCUUCAAACAAUUAGGAAAUUAAUCUCCACAAAACAAGAAGAGACCACCAAACCAGCUCCACUGGAGGAUGCAGCUAUUGAUGCUCACUCGCUGCCAGAAUCGUACACUGAGAGCGUGGAGUCAUCGGCACCGACUGUAGAUCCUGAAACAGAAAGGACCAUCCAACCAGCUCCAGAAGAGGAUGUGGUUACUGACUCUCCUAUAUUGCCAGUAGAGAGCAUGCACCCAUUAACACCCGAUGUUUAUACCAUUACAGAAGAGCCCUUCCAACCACCUCCAGUGGAAGCUACAAAAAUUGACAAUGUACCAGUAGCGGACACUGAAAUUGUGGAGUCAUCACCGCCAGCUAUCAUCACUAUUACUGCAGAAGCCAUCCAACCACCCCAAGAGGAAGCUAGAAUUAUGGUCAAUGCUCCACUGCCAGUAGAGGACUCUGUGAGCAUGGAACCAUCACCACAAGCUAUUGUAAGCUUGCUAGAAAUGACAAUCCAACCAGCUCUAGAAGAGGAUUUAGUUACUGACACUACACCAUUGCCAGUAGAGGACACGGACAGCAUGGAGCCAUCGGUGCCAGCUGUUGAUGAAAUUACAGAAAAGACAAUCCAACCACCUCCAGAGGAGGAUGCAGCUAUUAAUGCUGAUUCAUUACCAGUAGAGGACUCUGAGAGCGUGGAGCCAUUGCCGCCAGCUGUCGAAGAUACAGAAAAGAUAAUCCAACCAGCUCCAGAGGAGGCUGUAGUUAUUGACACGCCUCAAGUGCCAGCAGUGGACAAUGAGAAAGUGGAAUCAUCACCACCAGCUGCUGAUGAUGAUAUGGAAAACAACAUCCAAACACCAACAGAGAAAGAUGCAGUUAUUGAUGUUGAUAACAUUGUAGAAGAAGCCAUUGGACCACCAAAGGGUUUAGUUUAUGACACUGUUCCAUUGGCAGAAGCAGAUGUGGAAAAUCCAUCAUCAUCAGCUGGUAUUCAGCAUGGAGCUCGGCUGAGCAUUCAGGAUUUUGAUUGUCUCUGUGUGCUGGGAAGAGGAGCAUUUGGAAAGGUUCUGCUUGUUGAGUACAAGCGUACAAAGAUCAAAUACGCUUUAAAAGCCCAGAAAAAACAAGGCAUAACUGGAACGCAAAGAGUCCCAAGGCUUAUAUGUGAAAAGGAAAUCCUACAGACUGUGAGCGAAGUACAACAUCCUUUCCUUGUUAACAUGUUGGCAAGUUUCCAGACUCAGGAUCAUUUCUGUUUUUUAAUGGAGUAUGCCGCUGGUGGGGACUUAAUGACCAGUAUUAGGAACAACAACUUUCAGCCAUUUUCCACAACCAGAGCUGUGUUUUAUGCGGCGUGUUGUGUGCUCGGCCUGGAAUUCUUGCAUCAAAACGAUAUUGUUCACAGAGAUCUCAAACUGGCAAACAUUGUCAUAGACGUAGAUGGAUUCGCCAAAAUUACAGACUUCGGUGUUAGUAAACAAGGGAUGGGAUAUGGAGAUGAAGACAGAACAUAUUGUGGCACCCUGCAUUACAUGGCACCGGAAAUGGUUAGCGGUAAACCAUACACAACAUCUAUUGACUGGUGGAGUCUCGGCGCAGUUAUUUAUAUAAUGCUGUGUGGAAAGUAUCCCUUCCCAGGUGAUGUAAGACAGGUGAGGUAUAAUAUUGUCUAUUCAACGCCGCACUAUCCGAGGUUCCUGACUGCAGAAGCGCGAUCAAUAUUAAGAAGUCUUUUGAAUAAAGAUCCCGAAGACCGUUUAGGAGCCAGCGAGAAUGGUGCCUGGGAUCUGAAGAGCCACCCUUUCUUUGAACAAAUAGAAUGGUUCGCAUUAUUGUUCAAGAGUGUCAGGCCGCCAUGCGUACCAUCCAUCGAGGGACCAGACGACAUCCGCUACUUUAAUAGAAUGUACACAUCAUGCGCCCCCAUUCUGACACCGCCAGGCGAGUCUAAGUCACUAUCUGAUGUAGAGCUGGAGCUAUUCAAAGAUUUCGACUGGGUUUCCGAUAGGAUUUAA